AUACUCGGUCUGGUGUGUAUGAUGGCUGCUAGAUUUCUCUCCGCCAUGAACGCUGAAGCCAUCCAUCCAUCGCCGCCUUCCCGGUUGACGCGGCAGUCGCUCGCGCGACGGAGGAGAGUUAGAUUUAAUCAAACGCGUGGCGGGAGAAUGAGCAGUAAGGGAACGCAUCAUGGCGGGAAAUCGAGGUCUUUAGUCAGAAGCUCUCGCUCUCGCAUUCGCGCCAUCCUCCUUGUACUUGGGCUCGCAAAUUCUAAUUGAGUUCCUAAGUUUGCCCCAUCCGAACGACGAGCCAUCGCGCGUUGUUGCGAGAUGGAGCCCAUCAUCAGAAGGCAUCGUCGGCCGUUUUUUUAGUCGACUCAAAAAUCGACUCAUUACACACCAUCAGAAGGCAGCGUCGGCCGUUGUUUGAAGCGCCGAGUCCAUCAUCGGAAGGCGGCGUGGGUCGUUGCAGGUGAUGCGUCAGGCAGGUGAUGCAGUGCGUAGCUAGCAACGACCGCGGGCUCUGUCUGUCGCUCGCAUCCUUCCGCGCUCCCACUCACCCGCAACUCGUUGCCUUUGAGUCUCUCUCACCCAGAAGUCGCCUCUCGUGGGAGUCGAAUCGAGACGGCGCUCCCGCUCCCCCGCAUGGUGGCGUCAGAAACGAAUUCCUUUUGCCUAUCCAAAUAAAGGCAAUGGCACUUCCCGACAAGGCCGCUCGGCGUUGAGAUUCCCAUCGACGAGAUUCCCGAGCGCUUUUUCACGUCUGCGGAAGAUAAAGAUCCUCGUGAGAAGGUGCGUUGGUUUCUGGGAACUCUCAAAUCCCAAAUCCUCGUGAGAAGUGAGAAGGCGCGCCCUCGAUUCUGUCACGUCUGUGUGAGAUAGUGUCGAUUUCGAGACGCCUCAAAACACGACUUUUAUCCCACGCUGCCGCGUCCGAGCGAGAUCGUGCCGCAUUCGAGACGUCUCAAAACGCGACUUUUAUUCCACGCUGUCGCGUCCGAGCGAGAUCGUGCCGCAUUCGAGACGUCUCAAAACGCGACUUUUAUUCCUUCUGGCCAUGGCGGACGAGAGGGGCGACGCGACGGCGGGCAAGGCGGCACUCCGCGCGGAAAAGCAUGAGGCGAAUCGUGACUUGCCGUUAACGUCGCCGUCUGUAGUAGUCGUGGCAGUGGCAUCAUCAUGUGCGGAGGAGGGAUGGGAAUGGGCGCGAUGUUGCCGCCUGGAGACGAUUCAGGAGGAACCAGCUGCGAGGGAAGGGAGUGCAGCGAGUGAAGAGAGUGAAGGGGUUGUGAGGGAUGCAGUGAGGGGAGGGAGUGUAGGGAGUGAAGGGAGCAAGGGAGUGAAGGGGUUGUGAGGGAUGACGCGAGGGAAGGGGGUGAAGGGGGUUCGCAGAUGAUCUUACUUGGUGAUCAGCCAAGUGACGUGGAGCGUUGUGACUGUAACGGGGAGUUUGCUUCUGGCACGCAAGGGAGUGCUCAGUUACCAGAUCUAGAGCAAGAUGCGCCUGAUUGGUGGGCUCGCACACCUGAAGCACCUGAGAAACGACAGAAAGUGCCAACCAGACGAAGUGUUUCCCGCCUAAAGCCCCCCUGGCUGGGGGAUAGCACCACUGGCAGUGUAACACGCAGGGGUGGUGGUAAACCACCAAAGCUGUGCAUGAGUAGCAGCACUGGAGUCGAAGGAAUGGGUGGUAGUUUUGGAGCCACAUGCGUGGGUGAUAGCAGCAGCAGCAGCGGCAGCGGCGGCGGCGGCGGCAGCAGCAGCAGCACCACCACCAGCGGCAGCAGCGGGUGCAUGGGUAUGGGCGUUGGCUCAGGCAGAAGUACAAGGCCCGUGCCUGCUGCUGUGGCGGCUGCUUGUAGUGAGCAGUCAGGCUUGGGGAGCCCGGACCGUCUGCCGAGGCUGCGCCUGUGGCUCGGCGUGCAGCCACGGAAGGAGGAGUUGGUGCGGAUGCAAAGAGGGGGUGAGGAGUGUGAUAGAGAGGAUGGAGAGGACGGGAGGAGGGGAGGGGAAGGGAGGAGGAUGAGGGGGAGGAGGAUGAGAUUGUUGAGGGAGCUGGGAGGGAGGAGGCGGAUGAGAAGGGGGAAGAAGAGGAGCGUGAGGAGGAGGAUGAACGUGAAGAGCGAGAGGAGAGUGUGGGGGAGGAGGAGAGUGGGGGGGGAGAGUGGGGGGGAGGAAGAGGAAGAGAGUGAAGAAUAUGAGGAAGAGGAGGAGGAGGAGGAGGAGGAGGAGGAGGAGGAGGAGGAGGAGGAGGAGGGAGGAGGAGGAGGAGGAGGAGGAGGAGGAGGAGGAGGAGGAGGAGGAGGAGGAGGAGGAGGAGGAGGAGGAGGGAGGAGGAGGAGGAGGAGGAGGGGGAGGAGGAGGGAGGAAUGCUGGUAGCAGGCAGACCACAGUUUAGGCGUAAGGUAGGCAGUUAUGAAGGAGAAAGGAGAGGGAGGAAGGAGGGAUAGGCACAGCAGGUGAGGUCGGUCUUGUUGAUUCACACUUGAGGGGUGCAACAAGCGGCAAAGGAGGAGAGAGGGCGAGGGGUGAGGAAGGGCAGGCGGGGAAGGGGAGGAGCAAGCUGGGGUGACGGGCGCAACAGGUGAAGGUGGUUCUGUCGAUUCACACUUUGGGGAUAAGAUAAGCGGCAACGAACGAGAGGGCGCAGAGGGAGAAGUGGGAGGAGCAGGUGGAAAGACGACGAGGAGUCAGAUAAGAAUGAUUCGGUUUGCAGAGAGGAGGGGCAGGAGAGGGCAAGGGGGGAGACGUCGACGCUGGGAAGUGGCUUCGGGCAGUUGGGCAGAGACGCUGGAGAAGAGGUGGUUCUAGGGGGGGGUGGCCGUGAGGUGAAGCGGGGCAAUGGGUCGGACUUUGAGAUCCCUCGGGACUCGCCAAGGGGGCUGUUGGGCCAGUUGGGCCAGUUGGGCCAGUUUGGCAGAGUUGCUGGUGAAGUGGUGGUACAAGGCGGGGGUGACCGUGAGGUGAAGCGGGGCAACGGGCCAAGCCAGACCGAUGGGGCAAAGCAUGGGGAAGGGUUGUUGCACGGGGGUGGAUUGAACCAGGGCGAUGAUGGGUCGAGCCAGAAAGAUGGGUU